AUGGAGGAGAAGUUCCUACAGCUGCGCCAGGGGCGCGAGGAGCAGCGGCGACAGCGUUCCAAGGAAACUGCGGUCAUCACGGUGCAGCGCCAGCAAUACGAGUCGGAGGCCGAGCUGCUGGAAGCGCAGGUCACCCAGCUCCUUCAGGAAGGCAACGUGACGGAGUCGCAGCAGCGCCUCGACGCAUUGCGGACACUGGUGCAGGACACGGCCAACAGCAUCUCUCUUACUGCGCACGAGAUGGCGAAGGCAAACAUGAUUCUCGCUCGUCUGCAGCAACUCGUAGAUGAAAAGAGCAGCAGCGUAGCGCCAAAAAAGUUCAAGUUCUCCUCGCGCGCCAAGGCGAAACCGACGCCUGAUGCCGAGUCCACCAUCCGCUCCUUAUGCCCGACUGGUACAUCCGGCACGAAUGAACCGACUGCGAUGGCUGCUGUGACGGUCGCAGAGACGGUUAACAGCACCAACGGCUUUGGCAACGUCUACGGACCAUCCACGGAUACCGACCUCUUCAUCAACCAUUCGAAGGGCGUCUUCAUCAGGGACUGCAUGAAUUGCACCAUCUAUUGCCUUCCCAUCGCCGGGUCCGUCUUCCUAUCAGCGUGCACCAACUGUCGCGUCUACGUUGCCUGCCAUCAGUUACGACUGAAGGGCUGCAUGAACCUGGACCUCUACGCGUGGUGCGCCUCUACUCCAAUCAUUGAGACAUGUGAUGCCAUGCGAUUCGGGCCCUAUCAGUGCUGGGCAGGCUUGCUGAGCUCGUGCACCGAGGAUGGGAAGGCGUACCCCACACACAUGGAGUGGGUGCGCCGCGUCGGCGAAAUCGAAGAUACAGCACGGACGGAGCGAAACUACAUCAAAGUGGACGACUUUCAGUGGGUAAAAAAGAGCCCGAGUCCUCACUGGCGUGUGCUCACCAGAGAGGAGGAAAGGGUGAGCACCGCCGUUUUUGGGCCCGCAACGCUGCCCUCCUCAUCCGCUCACCCUACUGCUGCUGCAGUUCACUGA